UUCAAAUUAAGAAUAAAAUGCGUGCCUACUUUUACGACAAUAAAGACUAUGACCCUCGAGAACCUCACGAACAGGUGCCUUUAACACCUGUUACUCCUGAAGAACUCCGAAACUUGGGAGUUCUUUACUGGCACUUGGACGGGGACGAUAAUCUUGCUCAAUUAGACAAGAUAGCAAAAGAUAGGAAAUAUAAAAAUCGCGAUGAGCUUACUUGUUCCAAGGAAGGGUUGGGUGAUUUGUAUGAAAAAAAAUUGAAAAUUUUUUUCGAAGAACAUCUUCAUGAAGAUGAAGAAAUUCGGUAUAUUAUUGAUGGUUCAGGCUAUUUUGAUGUUCGCGAUCUGUUGGAUCGAUGGAUCCGCAUUGCUGUAACAAAGGGUGAUUUGAUUGUUUUGCCUGCGGGUAUCUAUCAUCGGUUCACUCUUGACACCAAUGAUUAUUUAAAAGUUAUACGAUUAUUCAAGGAAGAACCAAAGUGGACACCCAUUAAUCGUCCAGCUGAUGAUAACAAAUACCGUUUAGCAUAUUUGCAAUCACUUAGAGAUUCUGGAUUGUACAAAUAA